UAGACCAGCAGUUUGGGGUCAGCAUGCCGGGUCGGCACUGGGGCGAUCGCGGGUUUUCUCCCGGCGCUCGACUCAUUCUCUUCCCGGACUGAAAGCCGCCUUGGGGCUUUCCGGCUUUGGCGUAGUAGGGCCGCCUGCAUCCCGGCCCCCGGCGGCGGCGGUGGCACGGAGACAGGGAUGGGUUCGGGCCUCCCCCGGCUUUUCGCCCGCAGGCCUCGAGCCGGCCUCUUCCCGAGACCCGGGGCAACCUCCAGCUGCGCUUCCGCUGCGGGCUCAAGGAAGGGAGCCUCGGGCACCGAAGGGGCUGGCCCGCGGAAAGCCGGAGUGCGCGCGGCCCAUCUGGGCGAGCCGGAGAGGGCUCCUGCCGAGAGGAGACAGCUCCGGGUGCGAUGGGGUGUGAACGGACUACUGGUCGCCUGCAGAUUAUCAGUAGAAGUUUGUGAGGAGUGCUGUUUUGUAAAUGUGGGCAGCAGUGCUAGGCAGAGUGUACUCCCAGUCUGUGAGACAUGGCCUGGUUGCUUCACAGCUCCGAGAUUGCAUACAUUUAUUAAAGGAAGUGACUCUUGUGACUUAGGUAUCACUUGGCUGAUGGUAAUCUGUUCCAGAAAGAAGUGCACUGAUUACAUGUCUGCGUCCACACAGGGUCUCUCUAAUCAGGGUGAAUUCCACAAGGACUUGUGUUCAGGAAAAGGUGGGAAGUCUCGUGCAUUGGCCUAGGAGGGUUACCUCUUUCAGACAUCCAGAUUCUUAGGCGCAGGUGAAUAAAUUCUGUUUAUUCUGUUCCUGUCCAUCACCAGUGGUGCAAGGCGAGAGUACACAAUUAGGCACUACUUUUACUUUGUACAAACCGUUCAAAAAAGGACUGUUAGGAUCUUCAACAAACUUUGGGAAACUUUUAGCAUAAUCUGGGAGCAUCACAGAAAACAAGACUAUGACAUAUGGGGUAUUAAUUAUAUGGAACCUGGGGCUGGGGCUGUAGCUCAGCGGCAAAGCACUUGCCUCGCAUGUGUGAGACACUGGGUUCAAUCUUCAGCACCACAUAAAAAUAAAUAAAGAUACUGUGUGUUUAUCUACAACUAAAAAUUUUUUUAAAAAAACUAUAUGGAACCAGGAUAUUUGAAAUACAGAGUAGUUAUCUUUAGUGUAUACAUAAGAAGGUUUCCAGUGAAGCCUAAAACCACAGAUCGUAAAUAUAUAGUAUAUAACCCUAUAUAUACUGUUUUCUCCUUUACAUACAAACAUGAUCCAGUUUAAAUUGGGCACAAGAGAUUAAUAAUAAAAUAGUACAAUUAUAACUAAAUACUGUAAUAAAAGUUCUAUGAUUGUUCUCUCUCUCCCUCUAAAAAUAUCAUUGUACUUUCAACUUUAUUAAGUAAAAUAAAGGUUGUCAUGAACCCAGCACUUUGAUACUUAGACAGUCUUAUGAUAAUAACCAAGAGGAGUACUGAGUGACUAAUGGGCAGGUAGUGUAUAUGAAUAUAUAUAUGAAUAUAUCUAUAUGAAUACAAAGCACAGAGGGAUGAUUCACAUCCUUGGAGCAGACAGUGAAUUUUAUCACACUACUCAGAAUGGUGUGCUAUUUAAAACUUAUUAUUUGGGGAUGGGGGGGAUUUUUAGUUAAUAUUUUGGGAUCAAGGUUGACCACAGGUAUCUGAAACCUCUGUUACACAAGUGCUGUUAACCAGCACCUCCACCAUGUCCUUGCCACUUUAAGAAAACUGAAUCUGUUGGAAAUUGCCCCAGUAUGACUGUGCUCUUUAUGAAACAAAAGCGAGAAAAAUUUCGGACUAUAUUCUUGAUUGUGAACCAAGCCAGUAUUUACCUCCUCCAGGAAACAAUUACAUUCCACUUGAGAAAUUAAUAAAAUCUCUAUUUGGCUAUGUUAGCAGUCUGAAGUUUACUUUCAGAGAAAGAGAUUAAAAAAAAAUGGAGACUCCUUUCUUUCAAGAUUAUUAUUGGUUCAGUGUUAAUUGCGUACUUCCAAGGGGUGAUAGAUUAAUUUACCUGUUAAUCUGAGAAACUUUGAUCAGUGAGAGAUGGCUCGAUAGUGAUAUUAGGAACUUCAUCUCUGAGUAAUGCCUGAUGUUAAAAAUUUAGAAAGUGUUUUAAGCAGUUCACUAUCCUUAAAGUGGCCAUAGGCAGCCCAUGUUUUGGAAGUGGGCUGGUUUAGGACCCUGCUUCUCUUGGGUCUGGGAAAAAUAAACAGAAAGCAUUGUUAUAGGGAAUGAGAGCCUAUCAUGGAAGAAUUCUGAUUCACAGCAGUGGACCAGUCAACUUUCCAAAUAUCAAUCAGGAAAGAGAUAUCUGAUUUUUAGCAAAAGUUUAAAGAAGCAAAAGCUCAAAUUUACCAAUAUGCUAAUAGAUUAAAUAGAUGCUAAUUAAUAUAAUAUGUCUGCAUAUGUUGGAUUAUUUUUAGGAAGUGUAUUGGGUAAACCCUCAUGAACCCUGUUCUUUGUUUAUAGGAAUGACAAACCACCAUCUCACCCAAUUUGGAUCCUUGCUUCCCUAAAAAGACUAUAUGACUAAUGUUAGAUAACCUGGAGUAGCCAACACUACAUGUACAUAAAAUAUGUAGAUAAAAAUAUUAGUUUUCAGCUGAACGUUUUUUUGCCACAUUUGUACAUAUGGGUUUUUCUUACCAAAGAUGAUUCGAGCAUUAAAUUAAUUUUUACAACUCUCCUAAUUAUACUUCUCUGUGACAUUUCAUUUCUUAGGUUAUAGUAGUCCCACCUUAUCCAUGAUUUCAGUUUAUGUGUUCAAAUAUAGUUAAAAAAUAAUACAUGAAAAAUUCUAUUGCAUGCCAUUCUGAGUAGCCUGAUGAAGUCUUACACCUUUCUGCUCUCUUGCACCCAAUAUAUGAUUCGUCUCUUUGUCCAGCUGUCCUUGAACAGUCCAGUGUACCCACACUGUAAUGCUACCUGCCCUUUAGUCACUUAGUAGCCAUCUUGGUUGUCAGAUAGGCUGUCAUAGUAUGGCAGUGCUUAUGUUCAAGUAACCCUUAUUUUAAUUAAUAAUGGCGCAAAACACAGGAGUAAAGAUGCUGGCAAUUUGGAUAUGCAAGAGAAAAUGCCAUAAGUUCCUUUCUUUAAGUGAAAAGGUAAAAGUUCUCAAUAAGGAAAGAAAAAACCCUAUAUGUUGACAUUGCUAAGAUCUAUGAUAAAAAUGAAUCUUUUCUCUGUGAAAUUGUGAAGAAGGAAAAAGUACUAUGCUAGUCUUGCUGGUAUACCUCAAAUUACAAAAGUUACAGCCACAGUGUGUGAUAAGUGCUUAGUUAAGAUGGAAAACACAUUUAAUUUGUGGAUAUAUGACUAACAGAAAAUGUGUUCUGAGUGACGGCAGCACAUUGUACCAGAAAGCAUUGAACUUACACAAAGGCAUCAGCAGGUUUCUGAAACAUGUGGCACCAAGCCAUUUACUGCAGUAUACAAAAAUUGCUGGAGAAGCUGUAAGACAAAUUGGUGGAGAAGGAUUUGCCAAAAUGCUGGAUGAAGAAGUAGAAAAACAUUGAGGGCCUUUGGGAAGUUUUAAAAAUGAGGAAUCAGAAGAACUUAUUUAGUAAUCUGCAGAGAAAGAGGAAGAUGAAACUGAAACAGAACUAGCAACCUGAACAUUUCUAAAAUUUGCUGAAGUAUUUGAAAUUGCACAGACAUUAAAGGGCAAAAUUAUGGAAUACUACCUUCAGAUAGAACAUCAUUAAAGUCACCCAUAGUAUUAAAACCUCUGCAGCAACCCUGUGAGUUAGAAAGAGACAACAACUUCUGAUUAAAUUUUCUUCCAGAAAACUCCCUUGAACUUGGAAGAUCUUCAACCAUCAAAGUAGUCUCCUGCUAACAUCUAACAUCAACGUUGUCAUGAUUCAAUGAUCCAGGAUCACUUGAAGUGGAUGUCUUCCUCCUGAUGUAUCAUCAGAAGGUCAUUAGUAGCCUAAAGCUGAGUCACAGCACAUAUGUCACAUAUGUGCUUAUUACAUAUUCAUUGUAUUAUCUCCCAUUAUCAUAGGAAGAAGAAGAUAUCUCUGGAACAUUUGGAUAAUGUGAAAUUUGGGAUGCAGUGAUGUCGACUCUCUGCCCACCACCAUCUCCUGCUGUUGCCAAGACAGAGAUUGCUUUAAGUGGUGAAUCACCUUUAUUAGCAGCUACCUUUGCUUACUGGGACAAUAUUCUUGGUCCUAGAGUAAGGCAUAUUUGGGCCCCUAAGACAGAUCAGGUACUUCUCAGUGAUGGAGAAAUAACUUUUCUUGCCAACCACACCCUAAAUGGAGAAAUUCUUCGAAAUGCAGAGAGUGGGGCUAUAGAUGUAAAGUUUUUUGUCUUGUCUGAAAAAGGAGUAAUUAUUGUUUCAUUAAUCUUCGACGGAAACUGGAAUGGAGAUCGGAGUACUUAUGGACUAUCAAUUAUACUUCCACAGACGGAGCUUAGUUUCUAUCUCCCACUUCACAGAGUGUGUGUUGAUAGAUUAACACAUAUUAUUCGGAAAGGAAGGAUAUGGAUGCAUAAGGAAAGGCAAGAAAAUGUCCAGAAGAUUGUCUUAGAAGGCACAGAGAGAAUGGAAGAUCAGGGUCAAAGUAUUAUUCCAAUGCUUACUGGAGAAGUCAUUCCUGUAAUGGAACUGCUUUCAUCUAUGAAAUCUCACAGUGUUCCUGAAGAAAUAGAUAUAGUGAGAACAUUAUGCCUUUUUCUGACUCCAGCAGAGAGAAAAUGCUCCAGAUUAUGUGAAGCAGAAUUAUCAUUUAAAUAUGAGUCAGGACUCUUUGUGCAAGGCCUGCUAAAGGAUUCAACUGGAAGCUUUGUACUGCCCUUCCGUCAAGUCAUGUAUGCACCAUAUCCCACCACACAUAUCGAUGUGGAUGUCAAUACUGUGAAGCAGAUGCCACCCUGUCAUGAACACAUUUAUAAUCAGCGUAGAUACAUGAGAUCAGAGCUGACAGCAUUUUGGAGAGCCACUUCAGAAGAAGACAUGGCACAGGACACCAUCAUCUACACAGAUGAGAGCUUCACUCCUGAUUUGAAUAUUUUCCAGGAUGUCUUACACAGAGACACUCUAGUCAAAGCCUUCCUGGAUCAGGUCUUUCAUUUGAAACCUGGAUUAUCUCUCAGGAGUACUUUCCUUGCACAGUUUCUUCUUGUCCUUCACAGAAAAGCCUUGACACUAAUAAAAUACAUAGAAGAUGAUACGCAGAAGGGGAAAAAGCCCUUUAAAUCUCUUCGGAAUCUGAAGAUAGACCUUGAUUUAACAGCAGAGGGCGAUCUUAACAUAAUAAUGGCUCUAGCAGAGAAAAUCAAACCAGGCCUACAUUCUUUUAUCUUUGGAAGACCUUUCUACACAAGUGUACAAGAACGAGAUGUCCUAAUGACUUUUUAAAUGUGUAAUUUAUUAAGUAUAUUUCAUCACAGUCACUAUUGCUGUUGUGUAGUUCCAUGGUGUGGGAAGCAUCAUUCCCCCAAGUUAUGCCCCUAGAGUCCUACUCAGCAUUGCAGUUAAAGUUAGUUACAGUACAGUUGCCUCAAGAGGUCUGUAGGGGAUGUCAGGUGCAUCGUUAACAUUGAAUAUCUCUCUUUCUAGAUGUGCUCUCUUGGGGACUUCUGUUUACAAUUAUAACAAAUACUAUUGCUGUCUUUUAAAGAUAUAUUAAUAGUAUAUAAAUUUGACCACAACUACUGUUUUUUUUUUGAAAUGGUUUACACGUAUCAAAGUGAAAUCUGAGUUAGCUUCUGCAAAUAUCAUAGUAAUUGACUUGACAUUUUUUUCCUGUUUCUUGGUGUGUAGGAUUACUAUAAGACUUUUGCAAUCAUCUGCAAAUUUAGAGCAUUUAAAAUUUUCAGUUCCACAGAAAGGAAGUUAGCUUGAAUAGGAAGAAGAGAUUGAUCAAUAAUUCAGUAAUUAUUGAAAUUAAUCAUUAGAUCCUACUUUGUAGAUUUAGUCUUUAGAAUUCAGUCUAUAUAAAAAUGUCAGGCAGUUAUGUGCAGUCCCUGAUUAUGGUAAACAAAGUGUGGUUUUUGUUUAUCAUUGUUGUCAACAUCCAAUAUGGUUAAGCUCUGUCCAGGAAAAUAUAGGAAAUUGAAUUGUUUUAGUAGUUGUUGCCAACUUUUUAGAUUAAUUUUUAUUAUUUUUAAGCCAAAUAGAAAUGUGUACCUCCUGUGCCUUUUUCCCCCCCAUGGAAAGUAUAAUUACUUGGAAGAAGUUCAGAUUCCACUGGUCAGUCCUUUCCACUUAUUUUUCUCAUACAGAGUCUAUCAUUUACCUUGUUUGGCAGUCAUGGUGAUCCAAGUUUACAAAAUGAAUUAGAGAAUACACUAACUAAUAAGAUCUUUUGAGAACAGAAAACAGUUUUUUGUCUUCUUCCACAUUUUAUUUCUGCCCACGUAUUGGAAGUUAUUGCCUUGCUGCCUGCAUCACAUAAGAGCAGCAGGAGAAACUUGACAGAAGUGAUAUUUUUCUAGGUGCUAUUUUUGUCAGAACUAAGUGGUCUGUUUCUUUACUUUCCUUAAUGUGUUUGGACCAUUUUACUGGCUAUAAAAUAAUUAACAUAAUUCUCUGCUAGAGAAGUGUUGACAUAGGAGCAUAUCAAACACAGAUAUUUUUAUUUAAAACUGGAAGUGACAUGAAAGGGAAAAUAUAAGUAGAUGAAAGAUAUAAAAUUGAUAGAGCCCUUCUGCUCCCAUCUACAAAAUUUAAUGAAAAAGGUAUGUUCUAUUCUGAAAGGUCAUAAUAGCUUUUGCAUAAUGAGUCAGAAAGAUGUAGACAUCUUAAAAACUGAACAAGAUGGAUAUACUACAUGUAGCUCAGUCAAGAAAAAUUUUGUAGAUACCAUCUUUUAGUGUCCUGUAUGUGCUCAAUGCUUUUAUAUGGUAGAUCCCUAUUUAAGUGCUGACUUAUUUUCUUUUGUUGGUUUAUUGUAUUGUUGUAUAGAACGUAAGAUGUACAGUGAAAUAAGUUAUUAAAGCAUGUGUAAACAUUGUUACCUUUUCUCCUAGUUGGAGAAUUUUGAAUAAAAUAUAUUUGAAAUUUUGUCUCUUUCACUUAUUGUUCAGGAAAAAACACUAUUGUGAUAUUGGAAGACUGAUUAGCUUCUGAUUUGGCUGACAGUCAUGUUGGAUCUAAACUAUCUUUUUUAAAUUUUCUAUCUUCAAAGAAAAUAUAUUUAAAGGUACUGUAUGAUGCUGCACUCUUAUGUUUAAAAAAUAAAAUAGUGUUUUGUUUAACUUUCA